AUGCUUGGGCUCAAUCAAGAGGCUCUUGAUCCGACGUUCGAACGUUUGCAUGGCUGCCAUGUCUUUUCGGCAGAACAGGACAUCGAACAGCAUAACGAGACGCAGCCUGCCAAUGGAAAGGCAGCAUCCACAGCCAAUUCUCAGCCAGGAUCGACAUUUGAAUCAGCGGAUAGACUUAUUGAUAGCCUUAUGCAAGUGACAGCAAGAUGGGCAGAACCUCCUGUGGAUAACCCGGACUUGGAUGAUUUCAUCGACACUGACUUUCAAGGAAUGAUUGGAUUCGGCGGAACAAAUUCUCAUAGCGCAAGUGGAGGCAGCGUAUCUUCCUUGCCAUCACUAUUGAUGUCCAAUCCAUCAACAGUGCCACCUGAUACAAAUCCUACGGACCACAGGUGUCAGUCUAUCACGCAACUUACAGGGCCUCUGGUCGACGCAGCAUCACGAGGCUCUAGUCAAUUAUAUCGUCCCGCUUCCAACACUGGGAGUUGGCCAAGUAAGGAGAUAUCAGGAACGAACGCCCCGCAUGCCAACACGAAUGACACAGAUCUCCCGUUUACACAGACGAGCUCUUUGUCAUCAUCACAACACUUGACGAGUCUGGCCCCAGUAUCAGACUCAGAAUCAUUAGCAGCCGACCCGCUAUCAGCAGCAUCCCCUGAAGUAAUCUUUACACGGAUUUUGCUCCUGAUGAAAAAAGCAGGCUUUGAGGACAUGGACGCUAUGGUCCAAGCUUAUUAUACAGCAAAGUUCCGCUAUGACUCUGUUGUACAUUGGGCUCAGAAACGGAGUCGUGGAAAGAGACUCGGGCCUCCUCUCACUACUCUCGCCCGUGAGUCGACGAAAUGGCCAGUGGAACAAGCAGCGCAUUACCAGGAUGCUAUUCUUAGAAUAGCAGAUGGUUUGUGCGGGAUGAAUCUGAAUGCUCACGCUACUCGUUCAGAUAAAUCGCCAGGUUUCUAA